AUGGCGAUAGUUUACCCAUCGCACCAUCUAUCUAUCUAUCUAUCUAUCUAUCUAUCUAUCUAUCUAUACCUAUCUUUCUUUCACUCUCUCUCUUUAAACAUCUGUGGAAAUGAUUCCGCCGUUCAUGGGCGGACUUCCCACGACGAAGAUGUUUGGGGGCUUUUUUUUUUUCAAUUUCCACCUUUUUUGGAAACCUUUAUUUUUUUUUUCCCCUUUCACAUACUUUUCUUGCCAUUUCAUUUGUUUCUUGAAUUUAUUUGUUUUGACGUUUUUUUUUUCUUAAAAUUUUAUUUUCUUUCUUUCUUUUUUUUUUUCUUUCUACAUGAAUUUCUUUUUUUUUUUUUUUUUCCUUUCUUCAAAUUUUUUUCUUUUUUUCAAAAAUUUUUUUUUUUUUACCCUUUUCUUUUUUUUUUUUUUUUUUUCAAAAAUUUUUUUUUUCUUUCUUUCUAUAUGAAUUUUUUUUAUUUUUUUAUUUUUCCUUUCUUUAUUUUUCUUUUUUUUUUUCUUUUUUUCUUUCAAAUUUUUCAAAUGAUUUUCGUUGUUUCUUUCUUUCUUUUUUUUUUUAUUUCUUUCUUUUUUUUUUUUUUUUUUUCUUUUUACAUGAAUUUUUUUUCUUUCUUUCUUUCCUUUUUUUGCCAUUUUUCUUUCUUUUUUUUUUUCUUUCUUACAAUUUUUUAUUUAUUUUUUCUUAAAAAUCAUCGAAUUUGUUUCUUUCUUUUUUAUUUUUCUUAUCUUUCUUUCUUUUACAUUAAUUUUUCUUUAUUUUGUUUUCUUUUUUUUUUUUUUUUCAAUUUAUUUUCUUUCUUUCUUCUUUCUUUCAUCGCUUUAUCUCUGUCUUUGUUUUCUUAUCUCUCCUUUUUUUUUCUUUCUUGCAUGAAUGUGUCUCUUUCUUUCUUUUUCUUUUUUUUUUCUUAA